AUGGUGCUGUCCACCACCCAAGCAGCACCGGACGAGGAGGCGGGACCGACAGAAACAGCAGAGAACGGGGCGACGACAGUGGCAGUGCCAUACGCCGACCAGGAAAAAGACGAGAUCCUGGUGGGCUGGGAUGGGGACAAUGACCCAGAGAAUCCGCAGAACUGGUCGACGGGCGUCAAAGUCUGGGUGACUUUCCAGCUGACGCUGUUGGCCUUCGCUGCGAGCCUGGGAUCGAGCAUUCUCUCCUCUGCAAAUCCCACACUUGCCAAAUAUCUUGGGGUCAGCGAGAUCGUUGUGACACUGGAUACCUCGCUCUACAUUAUCGGCUUCGCAUGCGGCCCUCUAUUAUGGGCUCCCAUAUCGGAAAUCUGGGGCAGACGAAUAUCCAUGCUGCCGGCCAUGGCUUGCCUGGGCAUCUUUUCGAUUGGAACAGCAACCAGCAAAGAUGCCGCGUCGGUCUUCGUCACUCGCUUUUUCGGUGGCCUUUUCGGCUCGGCUGCCGUCAGCAAUGUCAAUGCCGCCUUGGGGGACAUCUGGUCUCAAGAAGUCCGAGGCACGGCCGUCACCCUGUAUGCUGCCUGUGUCGUCGGAGGCCCGACGCUGGGUCCUACCACGGGCGCCGCCAUUCUGGUCAACCGGCACCUUGGAUGGCGAUGGACAGAGUACAUCACGGCCAUAAUCAGCUUCGCCGUGGUGGCGUUGACGUCUUUCUGCAUGCCUGAAAUGUAUCCCCCGAUCUUACUGAAGCGCAAGGCUCAACGACUGCGCAAGGAGACGGGCAACGACAAAUUCUACCAUACCCAUGAGAGGCUCCAGUUGGAUUUCCGGUCCAUCGUCACCAAACAGCUGUCUCGCCCGUUGAUCAUGUUGUGUACCGAGCCUAUCGUCACCUGCAUCGCCUUCUACGCCUCGUUCGUCUACUCGAUCCUCUAUCUCACUCUCGAGGUCUUCCCCAUCGUCUUCCGGGAACAGCGCGGUUGGGGCCCAGUGGUCGGCUCGCUGCCUUUUAUCGGUCUUUUCAUCGGUGUCAUCUCUGCCAUUGGCAUCAACUUGGGUAAUCAGCCUCAGUAUAUCCGAAAGAGUCGCGCCGCCCACGGCAAGCCAGUCCCAGAGGCAAGGCUGCCACCCUUAUCCAUCGGAGCUGUCCUCAUGGUUGCCGGACUGUUCUGGUUCGGAUGGACUGCGGCGCCAAAGUACCACUGGAUCCUUCCCACCAUUGCUGCGCUGUUUAUCGGAGCUGGAUUCAACACGAUCUUCCAACAAUGUAUCAACUAUCUCGUCGACGUGUAUGGUCUCUACGCAGCCAGCGCCACGGCGGCCAACACAUUCCUCCGCAGCAUUCUGGCUGCAGGCCUCCCUCUCGCCGCUCGGCCCAUGUUCCACAAUCUGGGAGUCGGCCCGGCAAUGUCCAUUCUCGGUGCUGUUGCCGCCGCCCUGCUUCCCGUCCCGUUCCUCUUGAUGAAGUAUGGGUUGGCUCUCAGGAAACGCUCGACGUAUGCUCCGGUGUUGGACGAUUGA